GCUCCGGCAUCAACCUUUCUCUGCAUUGUAAAUCAUGGCGUCAGGCUUUGGCUGGGGCGGAGGUCGUUCACGAUGCUUUACCUACUGGCAGGAGUUCCAGAAAUGCUACGCGCAGACAGACAACCCCAUUGAAUGCCGCCCCCAAUCCCGUGACUAUCUAGAGUGCCUCCACCACCCUCAAGAGGUUACGCGUGCAAAGAUUGUACAGGAAGAGUUCAUCCGCAAAGUGGAGCACAGCGCCAAGGAGGGGCGUAAAACUGCAGACGUCCUUGCUGAGGGUUCUAUCGUCGGGGUGGGAUUAAUACAACGUGGGGGCAAGGGAGAUGGUGAGGCGAAGUAGGUCGCGUAUCUACCCUUUUGAAUGCAAAACCCUGGACAU